UCAAGUUGACGUAAAUGUGUGCAUGUGAUCUAGCUUUUUGUUUACAGACUAUACUACGGUAGACGUCUGUAGCUAGCCCAGCCAGCUGUACACUUAGUAGUCAGUGUGUAGAUAGAGCUAUUGAGCUAAGAGAAAGGCUACCUUUGAACUCUUGACCAGCUCUGAACCAUGGCCUUUGAGAGCAGCAUCAAUGAGUACCUCUCACACUAUGAGAGUAUGAAUGAGGAGCUGUAUCAUAAGGAGUUCAUUUCGCUGAAGCUGCAGUCUCAGAAGAACAAGGAGGGGAACGUGUACCCGGCCGAGGCUGGCCAGCUGCCCGUUAACAAGAAGAAGAACAGGUUCAAGGACAUCUUACCAUUUGAGUAUACUCGAGUGUCACUCCAUCCUACUGAGGGAGUGGAGGGAUCAGACUACAUCAAUGCCAACUAUAUCACGGGCGUUGGAGACGAUGUGACGUACAUAGCAGCACAGGGCCCCCUACCCAACACUGUGUGUGACUUUUGGAGAAUGUUGUGGUACCACAGCAUAGAGAUAGUGGUAAUGGCUUGUCGAGAAAUAGAGAAUGCGAAGCCCAAGUGCGAGUGCUACUGGCCAGACAAGAAUUCCACUAGAGACUUUGCUGGCAUUUCUGUCACUACUAUUGCCGAGGAGAACAAAUCCAAUGAUUUCGUAGUGAGGGACUUCCUUGUCAAGUGCGGAGGGGAGGAGCAGAGUAUACGUCAGUACCACUACACAGCAUGGCCGGAUCACGGGAAACCCUCCUCCUCUGAGCCUGUCAUCAAGAUGCUCGAGAUGGUUCAUGAUCAUCGCCGUACCAACGACAUACCACUGCUCUUCCACUGCAGUGCUGGGUGUGGUCGAACAGGAACAAUGAUAGCCAUAGACAUAGCCAGGACCAUGUUCAUUGGCAAGUCCUUGUCGGAGAGCUUCAGUAUCCACAAUCUGGUGGAGAGGAUGCGCACUCAGCGACCCUCCAUGGUCCAAGCCAAGGAUCAGUAUCAUUUCGUUCACGAUGUAGUGGCCGAGUUAGCGAGGAGAGCUCUCGGCUUCAACCCAACACUUCCGGCCAAGCCACAGCCUUCAAACAUGGUAGUCAGUGAGACCUCUGACGGAGUAUACGAGAAUGCCUCCUCGUACAACUCCCUCCCCUCGUCCACGUCCCCAGAAACCCCCUCCAGUGAACCAGAGGACUCUACAAAGGCCGAUACCCCCACCCCCCACAAACUGGGCGUUUCCCCAGCACCGUCACCACACACCCGGAGACCAGUUGCCAGACAGAGGAGCAAUCCGAUCAAAUCAUCAAAAGAUCCACAUGAUCCGAAAUAUGAGAAUGUGCCGUCAGCAUCGGAGCCACCUGUACCACCGAUCAAACCAUCGUCAAUUGCACCUGUACCCAGCCCAAAGCCAAGAACUAGAGGAUUGAAAUCAAAGGACCCCCCUCCGGCAAGAAGCCCCAAACCAGUGAGAGCAGAACACUCACCACCUGCUAAGAAACAACCACCACCACCACCGCCUCAUAAACCACAGAAAUCACCCCCCACUCCACCUCGAACAUCGACUCCUGUCAAGCCGAAGGAGGAAAUUCGUCCCUUGUCCUCUCACGGUAACGAUGGUGCCUACAGUGUCGUGGAUAUGUCUCAGAUCACUGACACAGGGCCAAGCAUUGAGGUGGUUAACGAGAGAAAUGGGCGAAGGACCCCACUGGCCACGAUUGAAGAUCAAAUGGAAAAGACGGGGCAAAUGGACGUGAGCAAGUCGAGCAGCAUCAUGGACACGCUGCUCUCUCUGGUGGGUGAUGAAGUCAUUACUGAGGUAGAGGUCCGAGAACAAGAAGAUACUCCGCCAAGCCCCCCUCCCGUCAUUGGUCGACGGACCAUGAGCAUGAUGAGUGAUGCAGAGCCUCCUCCGGAUAUUCCCGUACGAACUGAGGCCAGUUACCAACUUGUUGUGGGGGCAAUACCAGAGUUGGCUGAGGGCUACGACACAAUCGGAGCCCAUGAUGAUGAUGGGUUUGGGGGUAACAUGGAUUAUGAGCUUGUCCCAGCACCUACUAAAGUUGUCAAAGAUGUACCAGUGUCUGUGUACGAGGCUCCCACUCCAUUAUCCAAGAGGGUGAGUAACUCCCCACCCCCCUUGCCGGCUGACAGACCACGCAAGUCCCCCUCCAUGGAGCUACUGGGUGUGUCUAACUCAACGACCCUCCCCUCCGCUGGACCCAAGUCUCCUCGGGGUACUUCAACACGCAGCAAACUCGGCAAAUUGUUCAAGAGUACACUUAUUAGGACUGAAAAGAAGAAAGUGUCUACCACUGACAUCACUGGUCCAGUGGGAGCAGUGGGGGCAGUCAAGACAUCUGGAUUGGCUCGCUCCCCCAGUGACCACGGGUCCAGUAGCUCCUCAUCACGCCCCUCACCCUCUCACUCCACCUCCUCCUUCUUAGCCAACGCCAGAUACAACUUCCCAGGAGAGCUAGGUUAUGGCAUUCGCAUCUGUAAGCCAGCUGGCCCUAGGCAAGAACCCAAUGGUUGGAAAGUUCGAACACUAACAAACAGUGUAGCAUAGCAACACAACUCUUGCACAGAAUUACGAUAGAUAAUUAUAGUCGUUUGUUAUGUUCUGUGUUCUGUGACAGUUUUAGAUUGUGUGUACUUUUACACUUCUUUGUACGGAUUUUCUGACUUUAUGUACAGUAUGUAGCAGAGUGUUUAUUACAUCAUGUCAGUUCAAUUACAAUAGAAAAUAUUUAUUAUCAGUACAAUUGUACAUGAA